UGUGCAAAGAUCACAUUGUUCGCCACGUUGUCGCACUUUGCAGCUGCACUUGAUUUCCAACCGCUAAGAUCUGCAUUAUCAUCUUCCGUUCUAGCAGGGUAUAAAGGGCUGCUCGCCCCCCAGCAGCAGCGCAAAGGUUUCAGAGGCUAUUCCGAAUCGCAUCUUCACUACCCGCGAGGAGGAUCAAGUCAAGCACCGUACGGCACAAAUGAACCGAGUUCAACAAAUCGCCAAGGCGGCUUCUAUCAUUGCCGUCCAUGUAGGCUGCUGGUCAAUGUUGAUGCAAGCCAUAUUCCAAUUCUGCUAUGAUUGUGAGCUGGCGACAUUUCAUUUGACGAAAUUGACGUACCCAUUACGACCAGAGGAAACAUGUGCAACAUUGUGCAAUGGUGAAGUCCAGAAACACUACACUAUGCUUCGUGAGGGUGGACCAGAUCGAUGCCAGGCUCGUCAACGCAACGCGGAAUUUGAUUGGCUCUACUCAAAUGUCACAAGUUCCAAUAUGGAAAGCGAUACAAAAGCGAAAGCCUUUCCUGUUUUUCUAUCGAUCACACUUUGCAACUGUCAAGUCGAGCUUACUGUCAACAGGAAGUUUAAGAGUUCCCACUUGCCUACCUGCAGCUUCGAUGGUAUGUCAAAGCGUCUCGAGAUUGGCGGCUGGAAGGUAUCGUUGCGUGGAAUCAAGGUGCAUGAGAGGUACUUCGGAAUGAAGAAAGCAUUCGAUUGCGGGACUCCAACGCCCCUCGCUGAGAUGAAGACGAAAGGAAAGGUGUGGAUAGUGAACUACAGGUUCUUGAAGGCAUACGCCGCAUAUCUCAAGGCCGUCGAAUCAGCUGUUGCCAAUGGCUCUAUUCCCCUCGGAGAGCUUUGAUGUAUAUAGAAGCAAGUAAUUUGCACUUAGUCUCACCAUAUCUCUUCAGCUG